AAAUUGCAGGCAAACAGUAUAUGCCAAACCAGAUAGAAAUGUCUUCAGAUUCUUUAAAGAAAAGAAAGCCCAAAGUAAAUCGAAAUGAGGAUGGCAAGAGAGGUCGCCACGACGAGCAGGAGGGUCGAUAUUACAGUGAAGAGGCUGAAGUAGAUGUACGAGAUCCAAGAGAAGACUAUCAACUAUACAAAGACACUUGUCUUGAUUUGCAGAGAUUGAUGUCUGAAAUCCAAGAUUUAAAGAACAAAGGAGGCAAAGACAGUGCUAUGGAGAUAGAAGAAAAAAAGGUCCAAAGCUGUGUUCACUUCAUGACUCUGAAGAAGCUCAAUCGCUUGGCCCACAUUCGACUUAAGAAAGCUCGAGACCAAACUCAUGAGGCCAAGCAGAAGGUGGAUGCAUAUCAUUUGCAACUGCAAAACCUGCUAUAUGAAGUCAUGCAUUUACAGAAAGAGAUUACAAAAUGUCUAGAGUUUAAAUCAAAGCAUGAAGAGAUUGAGUUAGUGAGUGUGGAGGAAUUUUACAGUGAAGCACCUGCAACCAUAAGUAAGCCGGAAAUUACUUCCACUGACUCUCACCAGCAGACCUUGUCACGUCUGGACUGGGAACUGGAACAAAGAAAGAGGCUUGCAGAGAAGUACAAGGAGUGUUUGGCCAGCAAGGAGAAGAUCCUAAAAGAGAUUGAAAUUAAGAAGGAGUAUCUUAAUAGUUUACAGCCACAGCUUAACAGCAUUAUGCAGGCCUCACUUCCAGUUCAAGAAUAUUUAUCCAUGCCGUUUGACUGCAUGCAUAAACAAUAUGAGACAGCACGCCACCUUCCACCACCACUAUAUGUUUUAUUUGUCCAGGCUAGUGCCUACAGCCAAGCUUGUGCCCACAUGAAGAGUUACGCCCAGCCCUGUAGGCAGGACCGGAAGCUUGUGGUAACCAUCGAAGGAAAUGUAGAAGAGGCAAGAGCUUUGUUUAAGCCACCAGAAGAUUCUCAAGAUGAUGAGAGCGAUUCUGAUGCUGAGGAGGAGCAGACAACGAAGCGACGACGCCCAACACUUGGAGUUCAGUUAGAUGACAAGAGGAAGGAAAUGCUUAAAAGGCAUCCUCUUUGUGUCACCCUAACAUUGAAGUGCAAAGAAGGAAGCACUCUGAAUCUGACUUUUUACUUUCUCAUGAACCUCAACAUCCUGACCGUAAAAGUCAAAAUUCAGCCAGCUUUAGAACUCUCUACUGCCAUUUCUGCUGGUGACCUACUGAAUCCAGAUUUGAUCCUUAGUUGUUUAUACCAAGGGGAUGAUGGAAAGACCACUCCAAAUCCAGCAAACAGAUACCAGUUUGAUAAAAUCGGAAUCUUGUCCCUUAAUGACUAUAUAUCUGAACUGGGACACCCAUAUAUAUGGGUCCAAACAAUGGGAGGACUUCAUUUUCCAACGGAUCAGCCGCAGCCUGCAGUCAUAGCAGACAAUGCUCUCAGUGCUAGUCACAUGGAGAAGACUAUUAACUUGCUGAGAGCCAGAUUGCUUUCACGCUUGUCUUUGCACCGGCAGUUUGCCUCCUUGGAACAUGGUAGCAUUCCUGUAUCUUUGGAGUGCCAAACUCUUUUCCCAGCCAAGGUUAUAUCUCGACUGACAAAGUGGAAUGUCAUCACCUAUGAGGAUUAUCUAGCGCUGCCGUAUACAAAAGAUGUUAUAGAGUGUGGACUAGCAAAGGAAACGGAUCAGUAUUUCUAUCUGCUUAUUGAGCGAGGAACAGCUAAGCUCAAUGGAGUAGUGGUUCUGAACCCUGGUUAUUGUGCUGUACCUCCAGUGUUUAGCCUCUGCCUAAACUGGAAAGGAGAACGCUCAUCCAGUAAUGAUGACAAUAUCAGGGUUAUGGAGAGUGAGGUCAAUGUCUACUUCAAGGAACUGUGUGGCCCUCCUCCAGGAUUCCAGCUGCUGACAAACCAAAUUCAGAGGCUUUGCAUGCUGUUGGAUGUCUACCUAGAAACUGAACGCCAUGACAACAGUGUGGAAGGGCCUCAUGAGUUUCCUCCAGAAAAGAUCUGUCUGCGCCUACUCAGGGGGCCGAGUCGUACCAAGCCAUUCAAGUAUAAUUACCCUCAAGGAUUCUUUAGUCACCGCUGAGUUCCAACUCUUUCAGCAUUUUCUCUGCCACCACUGUUGCUUGGACUUAUGCCCAUUUAUUACUAAUGCUUAUUGUCAUAGAAUAAAAGUUUUUUUUCCAAGAAUAAUUCAUUUGUUUAUAAUUAUUGAGCUAAGCUCUGGAUUGAGAAAGAUGUGAUUGGUUGUGUGAAUAUGUUUGUACAUCAACAGAUAUUGUAUAGAAAUAAACAAGCAUGCUUGGGAAAAGA